UCAAUAAUUUACAGUUCCCACUCUUUAUGAUGAAUUUCAAAACAAGGAAAUAUUUCUUACACAUCGUUAAUUUGUUAGUACAAGCCAAAAUAGCUUUUGCAUGUGCCUCCUAGUAACUUCAGCAUUUAAGAAAGUUGAUUGUUAACACAUUAGGCACAUAGUUCAUGUAAAUUUAGUAGUUAAUCGUCCCUAAAUGGCUAAGCACUUGUUUUGCAAAAGGUUUUCUGCCUGAGUGCCCUUAUUUAUGAAAUUAAUAACCCAAUUUUAUUGGCAUAUAUAUUGGACUAAAGGCUGUCUUAUAUCUUUAGUUUGAGAUUAGGAGUACAGGACCUAUUAUACACUUUCUAAUCCAGAAAACCUAAAUGUGUGAUGUAGGUGAAAAGGGUCUACUGCUGAAUACUGAAUAGGCUAUAUAAAUUUUAGGGUAUACUUUUACUCAUGCAGUUUCACACUUUCUCAGAGUACACUUCUAUAGUGUUUUGUUUUGUUUCUCCUCGUGUCAAACUGUGACUAAAGAAAAAGCACAAGGGGGUUUAGUGAUAUAAAAAUAAAGGUGUAAGGGAAUGACACACUGAACGGUAGAGGGGAUCAUUUGAGAGUGUGAAAGGAUAGUCUUAUUUACCCUAAAUUUUAAAAUGACUUGAAUUUAAAAUACGUGAUCAUGUGAGGCAAUAUCAUGGUGCCUUUUAAAGAAAUAACCUGCUUGUCUUGCGACAGUUAUCGAUGACUAAUGGACAACCCUGACCUUAUAUGAAAACUAAGAUCUGGAUGUUUUGCCUUAGUUAAGAACGAGGAUUUGAGAGAGGACUCCAGUUUAUAAUGUAUUAUGGAAAAGUACAGAUUGAGAGUAUUUCUCAAAUUUGUAAAUAAUAUUUUUCAAAAUUGAAACUGCUAUCCUUGACUGAUGCCUUGUACAUAUGAAUUCAAUAACUUUUCUUUUCUGAGCUUUGUUUGAUAUUCUCAGCUUACUACUAAAGAAGUGGAGACAGAUCAUGUGCGCAGUCGAUCCCCACGCUUCCUUUGUGGGUUGGUAACUGAGGAAGAUUCAACUAUCGUUAUCAACACUCCUGUGUCAAACACUCCUUUCCUAUGGAAAAAGCCACAAGACAAAGGUCGAUAUGCAGAAUCUUUCCGAGACCUAUUAUCCAAGACAAAUGCAAGCAAAAGUGCAAAUAAUCAAAUGGCAGAAACUCCAAAUUCUGACUCUCAGACUUUAGCAAUUGGUGCUGGUGAGAAUGUGGGUUUGGAAGUUGUUUCUGGGGAAGCUUUAUCUUCUGUGAAGCAGCCCAAAAGGCCAAAACUGAAUAGUGGCAGCAAGAAAAAAACUGUAGAAAAACCAGAUCUGGUAUGCAAAGAUGAUGAUGAUGUGUCAACAAUGACUCCCGGGACUGAUGAUGAAAAGUCAGAUUUUGGGAAUAUACCUGAAGUCUUCCCUCCCAAAAUGGCAGCAUUGCACAGAGUGAGAUGGAACAUGAACAAAGGUAGUGAAAAAUGGCUGUGCUUUGGAGGAGCUAGUGGACUUGUACGAUGCCAGGAGAUUGUUUACUCUCAUAUUGAUAAGAAAUUGGCCUUGAAGAGAUGACAGUUUCUUAUCCAUUAAAUCACAGUAGGGAAAAAAUAGUCAAUAUGUAACAUCUUUUAUUCAUUCAAAAAAGUAAAAGGACUUGGCUUUUUUAGCAAGUCCACCUGUGUAAAUUUAAUUUGUAAUAUUUGACAAUAGUGAAUAAAACCACCACCUAGGACAAUGGCUGCUCAUGUCAUAUAAUAAGAGAAAGGUUUAUGUUCCUGUACCUUCAGUCAUAUGGAAGAUGGAAGAUUGGUCUCA